CUGCAGCCUUCCCCGUCGACGCCAAGGUGCCCACGAACAUCACAGGCUCACUCCAGCUCUGUCCUUUGCAGCACAGUCGCUGUCAUCGCUGUCGCAUCAAUUGACCGGCACCGCAUCCUCGGGAGCGGAGGGCGUACGCAUCGAGACCACCUCACUGUUCGAGGCAGAGAUUUUCGUGCUCUCCAGCCUCUCUGAAUUGCAUCACCCUAUUCGACCCGACGCGCGCGUAAUUUUUGCGGCGCGAGCUCCUUCUCCCACCUCGACAUACCGCGCAUCACAGCCUCGACGCGAUGCCCUCAACGAGCUCCGUCGGCAACGUUGCUGGGCUGCGACCCGCUGUCCUCGGACUGGCCAAGCUGGUGACACUGACAUACUCGACUGUGGCGGCCUCACCGCUGCUGCCGCGCGGUCACCACGUUGGAAAUGACGAGGCAGAAGAGGAGGACGGCAUGCCCAUAUGGAUCUAUCUUGUCGCCUCCGUGAUUCUCACGCUCGUUGGAGGUGUGUUUGCGGGACUGACGAUCGCAUUGAUGGGACAAGACAGCAUCUACCUGCAGGUGUUGCAGGACGAUCCGACCGAACCGCAACACAAAAAUGCCAGAAGGGUGCUGAAUCUUCUCAAGAAAGGCAAACAUUGGGUCCUUGUCACCUUGCUGCUGAGCAAUGUCAUUGUCAACGAGACCCUUCCCGUGGUGCUGGAUCGCGCACUCGGCGGCGGCGUCGCAGCCGUCGUGGGCAGUACCGUCCUGAUUGUCAUCUUUGGCGAAGUCAUCCCGCAGUCUCUCUGUGUGCGCUACGGCUUGCCGAUCGGCGGAUACAUGUCCAAGCCUGUGCUCGGGCUCAUGUUCGUGACCGGCUUCAUCUCCUGGCCGACCGCCAAGCUUCUCGACUACCUACUGGGCGAGGAUCACGGCACCGUGUACAAGAAGAGCGGCCUCAAGACCCUCGUGACACUACACAAAUCUCUCGGCGAGCUGUCGGAGCGCUUGAACCAGGACGAGGUCACCAUCAUCACGGCUGUCUUGGAUCUGAAGGCCAAGGCUGUGUCAGACGUCAUGACCCCGAUGGACGAUGUCUUUACGCUGUCGGAAGACCACAUCCUGGACGAGAAGACCAUGGACAAGAUCUUGCACAUGGGCUACUCUCGCAUCCCCGUGUACCGCGCCGGUAACAGCUCCGACUUUGUUGGUAUCCUGUUGGUCAAGACACUGAUCACCUACGAUCCCGAGGACAAUGUACCCGUCAAGGACGUGCCGCUGGGUGCCGUUGUCGAGACACGCCCCGAAACAAGCUGCCUGGACAUUAUCAACUUCUUCCAGGAGGGCAAGUCGCAUCUUGUCUUGGUGUCCGAAGCCCCUGGUGGCGAUCAUGGGGCUCUGGGUGUCGUGACACUGGAGGACGUCAUUGAGGAGUUGAUUGGAGAAGAAAUCGUGGACGAGUCGGACGUCUACGUCGACGUGCACAAGGCGAUCCGCCGCCUUACACCUGCGCCCCGUGCCCGCCGGAUCGAAGCCACCGCAGCUGCCGCCGCAGUUCAGAAGACGACGGAACAUCCUGUACUCGUGGACAUUGCCGAAGACGCGGAAGGUAACACCAUCCAAGUCGGGUCCUAUGGUGCUGCGGGUGACGGGGUUAACGACACCCGACCCCGAACGGCCAUAUUCAUGAAGCGCCGCCGGUCUGCUGGGCCGGACGGCCGUAUGGAGGACAGGCCGGAAGCCGUGCGUGGCUCGCUGAAGGACGUGAAGCAGCAGAUGCGCCUCGGGCCCGCCAAUAGGGCUGCGCACCCGAGAGCGUCGAGACGCGAUCAGUUCAAGACGAAGCAGGGUCUGAGUGGCCAGGACCGGAUGCCUCCUCGAUCUGCCUCCGCGAACGCUAGCAGUGAAAGAACGCCUCUGUUGGAUGGCGAGGAAUCGGGAGAGCGGUCCUCGCGCGGCAAAGCCAAUGGGAACGGCAACUAAUCGGCCUAGAGGUGGAGGAAAGGAGGAUGGGGCAAAAGAAGGCUGAUUUUUCCUUUUUAGAACACAUCGCGGAGUGAACUUGUAUUUCCUUACGCGGGCUGCA